UCGCGAGCGGAUGCGAUGUAUCCUGUUCCAGAGCAGUGAAUGGCCAAUGGGAGGAGGAGGUCUCUAGUGGAGCUGCUCCGCGUCUCCAUUCAUUCAGUCCUGGGCUCCACACACACACACGUACAAACACACACACGCUCCUCGCUGCAGCCUCCCGAGCGACUCCAGAAAACUUAUUUUAACCUAUUUUUUACGCCAUUACUCGGAAGAGAGGAGGAACCACUCUUGGAUAUACCGUCUCUUAUCCGCGGGUUGUGGUUUGUUGUGUUUUUCCGAGACUAGACUUUGAUCCGAGCUCCAGAGCACCGCGGCAGACUGGGACUCUUUGGCCGGGCGAGGGCGCACCGAUCCCGGGUGCCUUUUCGGAGCGAGCCGUGGCCGUGGAUCUUACUACUUUGGAAAAAGAGGAUUACGCACAGCACCGUUCCCACCUGGAUUAAUGUCGCCGUGCGUCCUGGUUCUCCCCAGAUAGCGGAUGUUUGGUGGAGUUUAGGUCCAAAUCUACUGGUGGAUGGAUUCUACGUUAUGGACGCUUGUAUAUAGGUUUUCCGAUGCGUGCCGAGUCUGGGGUGACAGCUGGAAGUGGUGACCCCUCCACAUGGAGCUCCAAGGCACGCCGCUAGCCGCGGACGCACGCCACCAGUAUGACGCGCAGCACACGCCCAUCCUGUCCCUGGACCAGAUCCAGGCCCUGCGCUCCAGCAACGAGUACACCGAGGGGCCCUCGGUGGUGCGGCGGCCCCCGGCGCCCUGCCUGCCCCCCAGGGGCCACGACAAGCAGGAGAGGACUCACGAGGUGAUCCGCUUUACCAACAACAACAACAACGAGCACCGGCCGCACCACCACCACCACCACCCCCACCCCCACCACCACCAUGCGGCGGGGGCCCCCAGGGCCCCCGGACUCAGCCGCUCCACCAGCACGGGCAGCGCCGCCAGCUCGGGCAGCGGGGGCAGCGGGUCUUCGGAGCAGGGGCUUCUGGCGCGGUCCCCCCCGCCGCGGCCCAUAGCCACGCAGCCCCGGCCUGUCAGGACUCAGCCCAAAGCCAAGGGCCUGCUGCUGCUGCCCCCGGCCCCCGAGGCCCCGCUCAAGAAGCCCGGGCAGGGCAAGGGCCCCGCCGAGCCGCUGGGGCCCCACCAGCUGAUCUGCGAGCGUUGCGCCAAGUGCAAGUGCGGCGAGUGCACGGCUCCCCGCAGCCUGCCGUCCUGCCUGGCGUGCGGCGGCCAGUGCCUGUGCUCGCCGGAGAGCGCGCUGGAGCACGGCACCUGCAUGUGCCUGGUGAAGGGCGCCUUCUACCACUGCUCCAACGACGACCAGGGAGACUCCUGCGCCGACCAGCCCUGCUCGCUGUCGCGCUCCCACUGCUGCAGCCGCUUCCUGUGCAUGGGCGCGCUGUCGCUGGUGUUCCCCUGCCUGCUGUGCUACCCGCCCGUCAAGGGCUGCCUGAAGGCCGGCCAGAGCUGCCACGACCGCCUGACGCGGCCCGGCUGCCGCUGCAAGAACUCCAACACCGUGUACUGCAAGCUGGAGCCCUGGGCGUCCCGCAGCCCGGACAAGCCCUCCUGAUCCCCCCCCCCCCCCCCCCCGGGCAACGGACCUGUAGUGGGGGGCCCACGCACGGGCGGACAUAUGUUCGAGUGCACUUGCGUGCGGACCUGUGAGGAUGUCUACUUGCGUGCGGACCUGUGCGUGUGGGUGGGUUCACGUGCGUGCGUUUGGGUUCAUGUGCGCGUGCCAGAGACUCCUGCCGUGGACGGGGAGGUGGGCGGAGGCGGCGGACCCAGAGAGAGGAGUAACACAAAAGAAAACCACUCUGACUCUUGUUAGUUUUUGUUCUGAUCCAGGACCAUGUUCUACAGACCAGUGUUUGCCUUAACUGUUUCCACGACGACCCCGGCUCCUCAUUUACUACAGUUUUAUUUUUCUAUGUAAAGGGUUUUUAUUUCCGGUCGGCAACCUUUUGUUUGAGCCCCCCCCCCAUCAGCCUCUAACCAAAUCUGUGAAGGACCAUCUCUGAUUGGCCGUUAUGUAGCGGAUAGCAUGUUAGCAUGUAGCCACGGAGCCUCUCGCUGGUGGCCAUGUUGCAUUAACGGAAGCACAUCCAUCUCAAAGUGUUUUGCUCUUUUUGCUCAAUCUCUCUCUCUCUGUCUCUCUCUCUCUGUGUCUCUAUCCCUCUCUCUCCACCUCUAUUCUCUCUCUCUCUCUCUCUCUCUCUCUCUCUCUCUCUCUCUCUCUCUCUCUCUCUCUCUCUCUCUCUCUCUCUCUCUCUAUCUCUCUCUCUAUCUCUCUCUCUAUCUCUCCAUCUCUCCAUCAGUCAUCGGCAUUCUCCCUGGUUUUGUAUUUGUAUUUUAUUUUAUGUAUAUUGUAAACUCUCUAAUUCAUAAGAGGAAUUCUGGUUUAUUUUUAAAAAAAAAGCAAAGCAAUGUCUGUUAAAAACUUUUUUUGUUGUAAAAAAAUAUUUAUUAUGUGAAGUUCUAUUAUUUUAUGGUAUUUAUUGCAAAAGACAGUCUUAAAUUUACUCAUGCCUGAAUAUAACAAAAUAUCAAAUACUUACAGAGAGAAGGCUGCGACCAGAGGAAAACUAUGUUAACGUUAAUGCAGAAAAUAUACGAAUUAAUGACAAAACACUCUGUCUGCUGUCUUGAUUACUGUGUGUGUGUGUCUGUGUGUGUGUGU